AUGGUGAUCCUAGGUAGCACACCUGGAGAUAGAAGUGCGGCCUGCAUGAUUGCCAGGGCUCAGAAGCAAAUUAGUGACUUCUCAGUUCACUCGUUAGUGAAGUAUUCAGCAUUCGUGGUGCAGUUGCUAACGUUCAGGCUGCGGGCCACAUCAUGUUUUUCGGAGAACGCCACCUGUUCGCAUCUGAGACAUAUCGGCUUCCUUCCAGUUCACUACACUUCGUUAUUGACAGAUGCCAGUUCACUGCACGAACAGUACUCUCUGUUGCAGACGGUGGUGGAGGCGUGCCAGAAGAAGCGACAGUGCAAGUUCCAGCCAACCGGACGGCCCUACGGCACAGAUCCCUGCCCCGGGACGCCCAAGUACGUCCACGUCGAUUACAAGUGCCGGCCCUAUGAGUUUCGCAGCAAAGUCGCAUGUCAAAGUGAAACAGUGCACCUGCAGUGCAAUCCAAAUGCUCGAAUUGCUGUCUACUCAGCAAGCUUUGGACGCACUGAAUAUGAAAGUAUACAGUGUCCACAGCCACAGGGUGUCCCUGAGGAAACAUGCCUGGUGAGCUAUGCCACAGAAAUUGUCAUGAGAAUGUGUCAUGGAAAACGACGUUGUACACUUCCUGCUGAUUCUGAAACAUUUGGUAAACCCUGCAGGAGUGACUCACGGAUGUAUCUCAAAGUUGUUUAUACAUGUGUUCCCCGGAAAGUUCUGAUGGAAGCCAUUGAGGAAGCAGCUCAGGCAGAUGAAGUAGCAGAUGAUCACGAAGAUGACCUAGAUGCCUAUGACACUGCAGACGAAACAGGUGCCUUUUCUCCAUCUCCGAAUGUCCAAGGAGCAGGUCCUGGGCUCAACGACAGGGGAACAGGAGGUGCAGCACCUGCUAGAGACCCUACAACUCUCUCACCUCAUGCUCCAGUACAUGAUGGAAACAUCAAUCAUUCUGACAUACAAAAGUAUGGUCCAUAUGUAAAACCCCACAUUACAAGCAAAAAGUUCUCCCAUUCUCCCUCUGCCCCUGUGGACCCUAUCACCACCAAAGAUAUGCAAGGUGAUGAUGUCUCGGAUGAGAAAGUCCUUGAAAAUAACAACUGCAACAUCACAGUAAAUCUUGAGGACAAAACGAAUGUGAUUGGCUUCAUUUCUGAAUGGAUUAACGCAUACAAUUUCAUCUCACGAAACCAGGAGAAGUUCUACCUGUACCUUAUCCUAAGUGUAACGGCGGGGCUCGUCCUCUUCCUGGGACUGGUAAUAGGACGGCUUCUGCUACAACGCCGUAGAAGCCAGCGCAAUCCAAAGCCUUCGGCACCACCAACAGAACAGACAUUACCAAAUGGUUUUACAGAUGACCUGAGUGAAGCAGAAAUGGAGACAGCAGUUUCUGGAUCAGACACAGUCCUCGGACUUGUUCCUACCAAAGCUCCAAAUGUGCCAGGUCGAACACCACCUACAAGUGUAUCAGAAGUUGUGCGGUUUGGAGGCAGCAGUGGAAUUCCACGGAGCCUGAACCGUGCCACAAACAGCCAGUAUUACUAUGGCUGACGUGGGCUGGGUGUCCGGGCCCCUGAUGGUCCGGAUGCUCAAGCACAAGGAAGGAUUUGUCCUGGAACUCGCACCUACUGUUUUUAGAACAGUUUGUGCAUGUGUAUUCCAGCAGCAUCUGGCACCAUUUGUGUGCAUUUAAGCAGAGAAAAGGUCAAAAGAAAAUUACUCUUGCUAUGUUUACAAGUCCGCCUAUCCUUACAAUGACAAGUGAUUAUACCCUGAGACAAUAUAUGUAUAUGUAUAAAUACAGUGACUUUAUCAAUUUGUCCAAGUUUAUAAUGUCAUCUCUGGGAUUUAAAUAAAUUAAACGAUUGAGACAAAACUUUGUUAUGUGCCUGUUGCAGCUGUGAAAUAGUCUUUAGAAGAAUGGAAGAUUCGUUAUGACUGUUACAGUGUGUGAACACAAGAUAUUCACCUAGUACCUGCUUUUCAAGCAAAGCGGUUCAAGAAGGUUUCAUUAGAUUGCUGUAUCCAGAAGAUGCGGUUCAUAUACAAUCAAUGGACACUCCACACUGACUGUGAAUAACUACUGUAAAGUCUAUUUUCUUAAGAUAUAAUAAUCUGCAUGGAGAAAUUAAUGUACUUAUACAUUUGACUGAAUUGACCAUCAGUGGUUAUGUCUAAGGAAUUUAAGCAUCAGUGUGUCUCUAAGUACAAUGCAGAAACAGAGAGAUUUUUCAAAAGUUUUGUGUAAUACAAGGAGCAUUCCGUAACAGAAAUGUGUGUUACAUAAAUUUCUUAAAGAUUUAUUCACGUUUGUGUUGAACUACCCAUAUUGGAGCAUUAAUUUGUGCAUUGUGUCUAAUUUUUCAAUUUUAAACAUUAUUGUGAUUUCUAUCAACUUAAUUUUUGUUGCAAGUGUAAUUAGCAGAUUUGUUGGUGAGAAAGUUACUAUUAACAUAUUUUUAAUUCCGUGGUUAUUGAAUUGUCUGAAUCUAUCUAAGAAACACUUUUACUGCAUAUCAUAAGAGUUUAGUGUUUGCUAAAUUCUUAAUAUCUGACUACAUGAAAUCAACAUACAUGAUCACAGAUGAUGUCAAUGCCCAGUGAGUUUAAUGUCCACUGAAAUAUGUUCCCUGAGAGUCCAAAAUAUUAAGCCCAAUCAACUGUUCAAGCUGUCAUAUGAGCCCCUUUUUGGUUUAUAAAAUCUAAGUCAUGGACAUAAUGCACUGAAAACACAUUGCAGGAAGGUUUGUUCAGUAUAUGCAGUGAGCUUUUGAGAUGGAGCUUGAUUUAUUUGUUAAGGAAUCACUCUCAUGUUUGCAUAUUUCAAUAAAUGGGGAAAUGUCUACUUCAGACUAGUCAGUGCCUUGGCCCCAUAUCCUUUCAUACAACGGGCCAUAAUGUAAGCAGUUUUGCAUCAAUUGUUUGCCACACACCUAUGCAGUCAACACAUAAUGCAGUGUUAGAUUUCUAAUGCAUUAUGCAUUGUAAUACACAGAUGCAAAUUAGAUGGAGUCAGAGUUAACAAUUUUAUCAAUAAUUAAUUAAAUUAAAGGAAUCUACACCCCUUUUGUUUUCCAAAGGCAUAACCCAUGAACACAAAGCAUGCUGUUGAUGUUAAUAAAUUCCUACAAUGAAUUGGUCUGGUAUAUGUACAUGGCAAGAGUCACAUUAUUAAAAGCAAUACAUUCUGUGUACAUUUUACUAGGGUAGUUAAUCUUUUUAGUACUAAAAAGAUCCCCAUAGAUAGCAGAAUUUGUUUUAAUAGUCAAGUUUCCUUCAUUAUCAGAACAUUUCAGCACAUUAUUAUUACUGUUAUUGUAACAACAAGGAUUAAUAAAUUCGGGUAUUUAUAUUAUUUUGACCUAGUCUCUGCCCUUCUACUCUGUACGCCAUUUAUUUUGUAAUAUUUUCUCAGUUACUAUUCCUUGUGUGUGUGUGUGUGUGUGUGUGUGUGUGUGUGCAUGCGCGUUGUGAGAGAGAGAGAGAGAGAGAGAGAGAGAGAGAGAGAGAGAGAGAGAGAGAGAAACAAUAAAAAAUAGUUAUCUUAGAAUUAUUACCCAGUACAAAGUAACAUAAUUUGUAUUUUUGAAUACUCUCUCAGAAUUGUAACAAUAUUGACACAGAACAAGUCACUUAUACUCUAGGAAACAUGAGUAAUUAUGAGGAACUACUUUGAUUUUUGUGUCAGCAGAUGAAUGCAGAGAAAAGAACCUAACUCAGUAUACAUUAUACAUUACUUUGACAUACAAUUUUUUUCAUAGAUAAAUAGAUAUACCAAUUCAUUUUAGGCAAGAGAUCAGCUUUUUAUUUCCCUUUAUAUCCUAUUGGUGCAACAUAUUAUUAGUUUCUGUGAUCUGACUUGAUAAUAUGAUUUGGUAUGAAUUGCAUUUGGUUUUUGUUUCAUUUUUCUUUUAUAAGAUGAAAAUUGUCUGGAUCAUAGUUUUAGUGCAACUUUUAUCCUUGCCCCAAUUCAGGUUGGGUGCACAUCCCCUAUGGCAGGAGCCAUUUAAACCAUUUCUGUUACUUACAUAGAACCUAUAACAUGCGCUUAGUAUCAGUGGAAGGAGUUUUCUGGUAAUAUGUCAUGAAUGUGUUUCAUCAGUAAACCUCUGUUUUAUUAUUACACCAAACACUCAUAAUAUUGACAUCUUAUGAAUUAUUUUUUGCACAUGAUGUGCAUGUCAAGUGUUGGUGAAUGAAAAUUCUUUUUAUUUACCAUGAAACUAUGAAAGCCUAGUUAACAAACACCAAUUAUAAAUUCACUACCUAUUCAUUUUUGUGUUUGCAACAGCACUGACAUCAGAAAACACACACACACACACACACACACACACACACACACACACACACACACACACACACACACACACACACCUGAAAGAUAUGCACAAGUCAUUUUGCACAAAAUUUCUAACUGUCUGUCAAAGCUCAUUGCCUCUCGAUGACUUGGCAUUUUCUGUGGCUCAAAAAAAUUAAAUAUGUUUUAUCAUUCAGUUUUUCUUUUACAGUGUGUAGUACAUCUUUCUUAGUAACAAUGUAGAUCACUCUGCUACUACAAUAAUAAUAAAAAUAAUGAUAAAAAGAAUGCAAGAAACUGAUACUGAAUUCUCACUCUUCUCAUACCUCUCUGUUGGCUAGUCACUUUUAUAGUCAAGUACCGCUAAUACAUUUAGUAAUAGUAUAACACUUCAAUCCUUCAACCCCCAUCACCACCAUCCUACACACACUGUUCAACAAAACACUUUGUGGUUAUAAGAAAUAUUAUGGUGCGUUAUGUUUUCUACGUUAUUUUUCUUUUCAUGUCUUCAGAAACACUUGUGUCUCCAGAAAUACUCUAUUGUCUAAGCCAGUGCACCUAGCACUUCUUGCAGAAAGAAAAACAGGAUAAGAGAUUACUACCAAUAUACUUGUCUCACACAAACAUAAAUGUGUUACAACUAUUUUGGUGUAUUGGAACAUCUAGUGUCUAAGAGAAUUACUUCAAUAUUGAUAGUAAAAGAUGUUAAAGAAUUGAAUGUAAACUAUGGCUCGUUACUGAUCUAGAUGACCUGCACCUGCAGGAAUAAAAAUAAUAAGAAUUUUGGCCAAAAAUACUGAUUUCUAAUUGUAAAUCUCUCUAGUGCCCAGCCAGGUGGCAGUGACGAAAUUGUGUAAUGUUUCAAUAAGUGUUAUGCUCAUGACCUUGUGGUGAAAUCACUAGGUUAUAGCUAAAUAAACAUAUUGCCAGAAACUAGAGACCUUUUCAAUUAGAAGUUGAUAUUUUAGCCAGAAUUGUUAGAGAGUUUCAGUUUUGCCACUUAGGUGGAAACUUGAGAGCUGUUCAGCAGUAUAACCUAAGAAAGUCUACAUUUAAAUACCUGACCCCUCACAAAAAUAAAUAAGCCAGCAACCAGAAAACAAAUCUUGAUAUUUCAGAACAUAUUUCCACACAUUAAAAUACAAUAAAUGAGGUACAGAAAUUGAUUUAUUUUCUGACGGCAGCAGCAGAUUCAUUACAGGCGUGAGAUCCUAUGGUGAAGUCCACAUUUUCUUCUCCAGCACCAUCAUAAACUAGAAAAAGAAGCAGAUUUUUUGUUUCUGUUAUGUUUAAACAUCUUUCUUUCAUUCCCUUUCUGCCUACACUACAUCAGAGAAGUUCUUAAAAACAUGUUCCUUGGUGGAAAAGUGGCACAUUGCUGCUUUAAAGUCAACUUAACAAAUCAGUGCAAUGUAUUACAGCCAGUACUGUUAGAUAGUGUAAUGGUAUUUAUUUCAUGUAUGUGAAAUGAGGGAAGAAUGUGGAACACUGCUUCAUACUACUCAGGCUUGUUUUGUACAUAUUUCACAAGGAAGCAAAUCAUAAUUUUUAUCUGAUGUAUUGGGUAUUCUCAUAAAACAUACUUUUGAAUAGUGAUGAACCAAAGUGUGAAUGAAUUACAACAUAAAUUUUGUAAACCACUUCUGCAUAAAGAUAUGUUGUGUGUAUGUAAGGUUGACAUCAUUUGUAUAUUAUUUUAUUGUCUGUAGACACCCUUGAUUUGAAUUUCAUCUUGAUGUGUAAUAUAACAUAAUAAAUCUUUUUUUGUAAAUUGAAAAAAAAAAUAUCAUGGAGGUACAGUUGUAUUAAGAGUAUGUACAUUUUCAUAAUCAUAAAAAGAAAUAAGAAAUCUGUGUGUGUGUGUGUGUGUGUGUGUGUGUGUGUGUGUGUGUGUGUGUGUGUGUGUGUGUUUGGCUGAUGAAGAAUACUUGCUAUCAUCCUGUAAUUACCAUGGACAGAUGGACAGUAACUUAUAUGGAAUCUGAGUUUCUUUUAUACACCUUGUGUAAAUCAAUUUUCAUUAACACUGCAAUCGAGAUUACAUCAUGAUGUUCAUCAAAAUUAAUGUCAUAUUUAGUGUUAUUUUUUUAAAGAUUUCUUUGUACCUAUUAUAUUUGUCAGUAUUCUGUACUGUGUUUAAAACUUUGGUAAUGUGAAGAAUUCAGAACUGUCCUCACAAACCACAAAAGUAUCUGGUCAGUUGCUCAUCGUAAACUGUAAUAUCUGAUACACAAUGUUCAGGAAUGAAAAUUGCUUAAUGCGACUAGUAUCCUAUGAACAUAUGUGCACAAAAUAGUAUGAUAACCUUUUAUAAUGAAGACAUGAAAUAUUGAUACAGGACUUUGUUUAGAUGUGGAAUAUGGACAUCUCAGGUUGGCAUUUUUUACUAUACACCUGAAUAUCUGAAAGUGCAAUAUCAUUUAUACUAACAAAGACAAAAUUAUUUAAUAUUUGUCUGUAAGA